AAAAAAACAUCAACCUUCGUACCAGAGAAUUCUUGGCAACAUUGUGCUCCGAAGCAGCACUUGACGAAAGACUAACCUUCUUCGUCGGGCGAGCAGCAGCCGGCCGUCAGUACCGGUGAGCAUUCCGUCGGGAAAGGACAUUCGCUGCUCUAGCGGAACCACUGAAGUCACGCGUUCCUAGUUUCAGUUGUGCGAAAAUCUUCGCUCGCGUUAGAUUGCAUCACCCGCUCAGCUGGGUCACCGCGACACAGGACUCACAGUCAGUGCAGUGGGUGGUGAUAGGGUGGUUGGUUAGGCUGGCUGGGUGAUUGCCGCCACCGACCGAUGCCGUACAACGCUGUUGAUCAAAAUACACGGUGCGAUUGGGAUUUCAUUCAGUUUUUCUUCAGACUCCGGCGAGAGCAGUUCGAUUUUUACGAAGAAGCAGUGUCGAAUAUCGCUACAUUGGCGACGGGAUUUCGAGUUUAUCGUUGGAGCUUUGUAAGUGAUGAGGCCGGCUUUAAGAUUUUAAACAAUCUGCUGGGAUAUCUUUUACACGCGGUUCGUUGAAGACGAAGAAAACUUAAAGUGUUGGAUAUCAACGGAUCACCUGCACGGAUGAGAAGAUGUAAAGAGGAAAGUGUGUGGCUUAGGGGAUGAGUUCACAUCCGGAGAAGGAAAAGGAUCACGAAGAGGAUAUCGGUUCCAUUUGUGGGAGAAUUUUAUUUAAGUGCCAGAUGGAAUCCGUGCUAUUACAGCGUUGAUUUUUUCUCAAUAUGUGUAUAAUUCGGGAGUUUGAAUUUAGUGCUUUCAAUCGCGGUCGGCAGUGAAUGAGAAAGGCGGAAGAUUCACCUUCCAGUGAUGCUACCCUAGCAGCGGUUGAUAAAGCCAUCAAGGUGAAAGUUAUAAUUCAUCCCGCUGAAGUCAGUGUUAAUGAAUGUUCGUGGGAGCGAAAUUCAAUUAACUUUUAAACUCGGCACAAGAUAGAUAGAGUGCGGAUUUUUUUUCAGUUCAGCGAAAAUAACGAAACAUUACAAGGCAGCGGAUAUCAAGCAGAGCCCAUCUUCCGACGCGACUGAAAAUCGGAUAUGUGCCGUUGCGUAUGCACCUAAUGCGCUGUGGUGCACUCAGCUGGCUAGAAGCGCAUGGGAGUAAAAUGCCUAGCCUCUGUGUCUGUGAAGAAUAAAGUGUUUUUACGGUUCUUGUAGCAGGUGUUCCUACUACCUACAACAUAGUGGAAUUGCUAUCAAGACUGCUUUGUUUUAAUUGAAACAAAAAAAAACAAGCAUUGAAGCUGUGGGUAGCGCCCCACUUACGGAGAAGUGAAAGAAACUGCAGUUGAAAGUUGUGUUAAUUGUGGCUGUGAAUCGUACCAUAAGGCCGGAACUUUUCAGCUCGAGAGGAAUAUACUUAACUUCGAAGAACUGAGACUUUUUCUCGGCAAGCGUCAGCCAGCAAAACUGCAAUCUAAACAGUCCGCAGAUUGAGAGGACCGCGCGCUGUUUUGCGGCGUAGCCACCAUGGCGCCCAAAUUGUUGAUGUUGGUCGAUGCAUCAUCGGGUAGGCGUCAGGCGUAAAAUGCUGAGCGUAGACGAGCGAGUGCUGGAAUGGUUGCACUUUAUCUACCACAACGACUCCUCCACCUCCUCCCCGGUCCUGAGCGCGGACGAAUUCCGCCGCCGCCUAUUCUCGAUCCUCGAUUCCAACGUCACCAGCGGCAUGAACGGUUCCAGCAAACUCUAUCGAACGGCGUUCGAGUUCCACAACAUUUCGGAGCACAACAUCACCCAAGAGUACGUUAACGAUUUCCUGGAAAAGCUGUUCCAAUCGUUGAACCGUGUGAACCGCACGACCACCACGAGCACCGACAUCAGCUGGAGUGUCGACGAUGGAGAGCUGGCCAAUUGUAGCUUCUACUGUCGGGGAACGAUGCGGGAUGUGCUGCUGGACUACAAAAUUCUGCAUGGAUACAUUGCUCUGGUGAUAUGCGUUUUCGGAACAAUAGCCAAUAUUUUGAAUGUCAUCGUCCUGACCCGCAAAGAGAUGAGCAAAAUCCCCAUCAACCGCAUCCUGAAGUGGCUCUCCGUGACCGACAUGUUCGUAAUGAUGGAGUACAUCCCGUUUGCCUUCUACAUGUACUCGAUACUGCCAGAUCGACAAGACUAUCCAUAUUCAUGGGCGGUGUACCUUAUGUUUCAUAUGCACUUCACUCAGAUCCUGCACACCAUAUCGAUACUGCUGACUGUGAUGUUGGCCGUGUGGAGAUACAUAGCUAUCAAACACCCGCACGGUUCAUUGGCCAUCUACGCUCAAUCUAAUUACAGUUAUGCAAUUCUCCUCUGCUACAUCCUGGCGCCGAUCCUGUGCAUGCCAACGUACUUCGUCUUCACGAUACGGCAGACGCAUGUCUUCGAACACGAUGCCCACGUGCUCCUGUACCACUUGGAUGCCGACGAGAACACUUCGGUCUACCGGUAUAACUUUUGGAUUCACUCGGUCAUCAUCAAGCUGCUGCCCUGCGCUAUCCUGACGGUAAUCAGCUGCGUCCUGAUCAGCGUCCUGUGGAAGGCGAGCAAACGACGGCUGAAGCUGAAACAGGGCGGCAACUACGGCAACAAAAAUGGUGCGGGCCCGGCCGGAAUUUCCACUCCGAGCGGGGACACCAGCCAUAAUAACGUCGCAACCAGCAUGACGGCGCCCUCGUCGACGACGACGGCAGCGCAGAGCAACGGUAGCAGGCACCCCAAAACGGAUCGCCGAGCGGACCGGACCACCACUCUGCUGGUGGCCGUGCUGCUACUGUUUCUGCUCACCGAGUUUCCCCAGGGGAUCCUCGGGCUGCUCAGUGGCAUCUUGGAGAAGUGCUUCUUCAAGCGCUGCUACGCCCUGUUCGGCGAAGUGAUGGACCUGCUUGCCUUAAUCAACGCCGCCAUCGGUUUCGUGCUGUACGGCUUAAUGUCGAAACAGUUCCGCACUAGUUUUAAGUCGGUUUUUUGCAAAACUCCAACCCAUAGGGUCGAGAUGACGAGAAUGACCGGGCUCACCACCACCUGUGUCUGAUGCGAUCGGAUCGGGAUCGGGGAUGGUGCGCCGGAUCGUUCAGCUGGGGGAUUCUAGCACGAAUUUAGACACUCUUUCACUCUUAUCAAUUUGGAUAUCGCAUCACUGUUUCAAUUUAGCACACCGUUCGUUACAUAAACCAAUAGCCAUUUAGCUGUUUCAGACCGGUAGAAGUCAUUUCGUAGCACAUACAACACACAUAAAAAAAAAUGGACAACGGAAAUCGAGAGCUAAAUUUUGACUAGAAUCGAAUGUCCCAAGAUUUUCGCUUGGGUUGGAGUUGUGAUUAAAAGGAAUUUACUGUGUAAAUACAAUCACUGAGCUUCUGGAUAGUGAGAGAAUAUCCACAGACCAACAGAUGUACGUAAUUAUGUAGUUAUAAUUCAUUGCGUUAAAUCGUUAUUUAGGGAAGCGAGACUUUUGGCAUAAACACAAUAGGCAUAAUUUACAUUAGGCAUAAUGGAAGACUGGUAUGAUGCUCGUUAGGCAUAAUGGACGAAAGGCAUAAUUUGCUUUUUUGUCAAAGAUUCUAUGGUAUUGUAGUAAUUUAUGUCAUUUUCAUUGCGUUUUGAAAUCAGAAGCCAAUUAUCUCUUUUUCAAUAUUAUGACUUUCUUCAAGUUAUUGUAACAGUUUACAUAAGUAAUACUCGUAUUAUUUUCAUCAUAUAUCA